GCCACAUGACCUGUCAAGUAGGAAGUGGAGCUCUCACUACCACCAACACAUCCAGCAGCAGCACCAGCACCGAGCGGAGACCGAAGACUCUUUCCCCUGGUGCCACUCUCGACGUCCCUCCCACCCGGACACACACAAACACACACGUUUCCAGGCAGAGCAGCGAUGUUGUCCGCAGUCAUGUCCGUGAAGAUGCUGAUUUUCGCCGCAGUCGUGUCUCUCUCUGUCUCACCAGCCGCGGCGGAAUCCGAUCCAUGUUCCAGCCUGACAUGUGCUACGUGCACAACCUCUCCAGACUGUCGCUGGGUCAACUGCACAACAGAAACACCAUUUUUUGGCUGUCUCAAUGCAACCAACUUGACAGACGCCUGCUCCAACGCUACCUGUGGAGCUGUGGAUCCUACUUCGACACCCAAGGCUUCGACAGUCGCUCCAUCUCCGACUUCUUCCCAUACCCUUACAACCCCCACUACCCCUGUUGUCCCGACCACCUCUAACAGCAGCACUGCUCAGCCCACCACAGCUUCAGAAAAUGUAACCGUCAUUGUCACCACUGCGAGCAGUAACACCUCCGUCCCCACUACAUCGGCCUCUUCAAAUGCAACCAACCCAAGUACCACGCCGGUGUCCCCGACCCCGGCCUCACAAAAGAAUGCCACCUUUGAUGCCGCGAGCUUCAUCGGCGGAAUAGUGCUGGUGCUGGGCCUGCAGGCGGUGAUCUUCUUCCUCUACAAGUUCUGCAAGUCCAAGGACCGCAACUACCACACCCUUUGAAGCAGCAUCCCGGUUGGAUCGGCCUCACCGUCCCCUUCCCCGCCAACUCUGACCUCCCGGAGGAGACUCCCCACUCGGCACGCUCUCAUCACUCGCUCGCCACUUGCGAACUCAAACAGUGUUUUCAAGCUGUUUUCCUUUUCAUGUUUGUGCCACUUGUGAUUUCGGCCUGCAUUAGCACUGCUGUAGUUGGUGUGGAGGCACCCACGCAUGCCUGUAUGUAUGAUAAAUAACACCGCACCAACAUGUACAGUACACAGAUCCCUAUUGGUAUGGCAUUUAAGCCUGGCGCAUAUGGAUUGCAUCACGUGUUAGCUACUACCCACCUCCAUCGUGCUGUUAGUCAUCCUGCGAGAGGCCGUUUUCCAGCGGACUGAGGGAGGCUGGUGUUAUUUACGGCCCCUCUCCUCGCCACAUGAGUCAAAAGGACCAGCAGUAGCUUUCAGUGAUGCCUGGGAGGAGGAGUAUUUACAGCAACCUCUAAAUUUUUUUGAUUUGGAAACACUGUUUGAGUUCACAGCUUUUAUUAAAAUGUGACAAUGGCGAUGAUUCAGUAUUGCUUUCACCCUGUUGAGUCGUGGGCAGGUCCGUCCCCCCCCCCCCCCCUUCAUGCAGCUGUAUCCUAUAUAUGUGUUCAUAGAUGAUGUAAAAGAGGUGGGGUUACUUGAAGAGGGUAUAAAAAGCAACACCCAAUCAUCUAAUAUCAGGAGCAACUGCAAUCCCGCUUGUGAACAGUCUUAUUUCGAUGGACGUCUCCCGUGGCAUUUCGGAGUGCGGUGCGUUUUCCGCAGUUGAAUUCCCAGCGGAGAUCUCUCGCCCAAUAGGAGUUGUUAAAAUGUCGCGAACUGCCAGUGGAGCGGCACAAUGCAAUAAAUUAUGUAUUAAGUCCAUUUCCCAGCCAUUAAUCUCCCUUCUGAUCCUCACUGGCGUCAAAUCUUACCCACGUGGAGCUGCCCCUGAAAAAAGGGUGAAAAUGAACGAUUGUAGAAUAUUUCAGAAGUGUUAUUAAUUAAUGUGUUUAAAAUAGAGUGUGUGGGGGGGGGGGGGGGGGGGGCCUUGAAGAAAAUGGCGUGCACCUUUCUUGGACAGCGACAGCAGUGAAGUGCCUUUAAUGUCCAGUAUGACGUAUAGAGAAGAGGACGAGUCUCCUCUUCCUGGCUGAGGCCCCUGAGUGUUAUUGUGAGUUUGUCGGUGAGCAAUGAGAUCCGAAGUAUCAGCAGCUGGACUGAAGAGCCUUUUAUUGUUUGAAGUAGGAGGUAGAUGUCACCCGAGGGCCUCAAUCAGAUCAAUAUUUUUUCCCUGUGAGUAGAAGACUGUUCAGUGCAUGGUCUUCUUCUCACCGACUGUGACCUUGUAAAAGAGGAUGAUUAUUAGAUUUGAAGGUACUCUCUGGUUCGUAGCUCCUAACACAGCGUCCCAACAUCCUCACUGGUCAUAUGUCAGCACUCAGUUGUGUAUCAAAUUGUGUUUAGUGUAAAAACAGGACACCGUGAGGAUAUCUCAAGACGCUCUUAGGAGCUAUGAAUGCUUGAGUGUACCUUUUUUUUUUUUUAAACAUAAUUUAAAAACUUGAGUUGAGAUCUAAAUGUCGGGACCGUGGUUCGGUCCAAUGAGCGUCGCACCUCUUGAUUCCCUGACUUUGCCGUGCAAGUGAGACGGUUGCUGAUGGAUGGCAAAAUUGCAGCAUCUAAGUGGCCAGGCUCAUGUUGACGUCGCUAAUUAGCUUGCUGCUAACAGUGUGAUGUUUUUUCUUGUCUUUUUUUUGUCUCACCUGUACAUAGGCACAUCCUGCUUAUGUUUAUAUCCUGGGUUUCACCAUAAGGAAAAGGAUAAAUGAAGGAGCAUUGAUCAGAACAUUUUUGCUUGUGCCAGCUCGUGGGUGUCAAGAAGAAUAUUUUUGUUGCAUUAUUGCAUGCUGAAUGCUUGGAGUUGUGCCCCCCCCCCCCCUUCCUUACAUUUGCAUAUGCUCUUAAGGGGUUGGACACACUUUGAAAACCACUCUGAUUAUUUGUGAUUUGCCCAUAGGCUAGUUUAAAAGAAUGCCUUGGAACCGUGUGCAUUAAGCCAAAGUCCUCAGUUCUGGCAUGGUGGAUUUCAAACAUUGCACUGACGAGCUUUGUUUAGUAACGUUGUCUGUGGAAAUGUUUUUCGUGGUUCAACCCAAAAAAAUUAGAAACAACAAAAAAAGAAUCGGAUGCUUGUUUAAAUACUCAGUCUUGAAUAGGAACUAGAUACUGGAUGAAUAGUUUUGUAUUAUCUUGAGGAAUUCUAAAUUAACGACAGCAGAUUUGUUUUCCUGUUUCCUGCAUAAUUUAGGGUUAUGUGUUUUCUGCUGCUCACCAUUGACACGCCUUUUAAACCUACGGUCACCUGGUGGCAUUUAUGCUACAGCCCAAAGACCCAUGUAUGAGAAGAGCAGGCUACAAAGUUUUUGCCUUAGCUGCACCCCCCCCCCCCCCCCCCGCAUGAGGAGUCCCCUGCGCCCCUAAAACUUGAUUUUUGAGUUUAAAUGAAAAGCCAUUGAGUGACCACUAACCCCAGUCACCGUGCUCUGUGCUUUCGAACUGGUAGCUGCAUUCCUCGGCGUCACAGCGUCACAUUUUGACAUUAUUGUGGUGUUUCAAAACACGUUUGUCAUCCAUGGAAACCAAUAGACGUCCAUUGUGCUACGUCCGUGGAGCAGCUUCCUCCUACAAGUCACUCAGUCCUUGCACCUCUUAAGGAAAAGUGCCUUAUUCAGUUGAUAUCCAUAUACAGUGUAGUUGUAAAGUGAUUAUGCCACUCCUAUUAAAUACCAAUGGGACUCAGCACUUUCAGACCCCCUGUGAAGUGGUUCUCUGUGUCGUAUUCUGCUUGAUUUUGUCUCGUAGCGCUCGGCCUUAAACUCCUUGAUCAAAUCCACCGAGCGUUCACUGGUGACGAGAAGUCUGGGAAGUUAUCAGGUUGAAAAGUGGAGACUUGUCAGAGGUUUGACCCAAACCAUAAAAGAUUAAUAUCAAAUCGAUGUGAUCGGCUAUUGUUUGGCAUAGGUUUCCUUCCAGAUGGGACCCGGUUGUGUCCUUGACAACUCGUCACUCGCUCAUCCUCUGGUGUUCUUUGCUGCAACAUCUUCCCCCAUAAUGCAAACUGUCACAUGAUAACUUGAACUCCACUUCUGGAUGUAACCUUCAAUUAUCUCGUUGAAUGUCUUGUUUAUUUUUGAAUGACAAAUUCUUCUUGGUCAUGGAGGGCUAUCCUUUCCGGUUUUCAGUCUCGCAGUGAUUUUGCUUCCAAGAGCUACCAGUAAAAGGCUUUUUUUGAUUCCCUCCUUUUGCAUUGUGACUUUAUUUUUAUUUAGUGCCAUAUGUUUUUAUUUGUACAUUUAUUUUUAAUAGGCCAUCAGAUUUGUAGGUACGAAUUGUCCUGCUUUGCUCCAAACCCACUUUAACACACAUACACACAACAUGUAGACCCUCGCAGGUGCCACAUUGCCUCCCGAAUUGUGUUGUGCCUGUUUUGCGCCCUUCUUUUACCUUUUUUAUUUGUUUUUCUUCUGGCUUUGUUUUCUCGUGUUGCCUUUUAGUUUCACAAUGUUAAAUCAAUAAAGUUUGAAUAUUGUCAAACAAA